GGACGAGUUGCCACCGGGCUGGUGUGUUCACUGUUGGACUCGGCCUACGUGCUUUCUACUCUCUAAUUACUUCGCUUUUCAAAACGGCGUCCGCUGGUGGGAUCGUCUCGCGACGUCCGGAGACUGCAACAAGGUCUUCGGCGAUGGAUAAUCCUCCAAACGCCAAUAUACAUACAAUAGUAAAGGCUCAAAUCGUCUUCCUUCUUUCAACCCUCACAGAAGACAAUUUCGACCGCAAUCAGCUUGAAAUCCGUUCGCUUUCUGAGCAGCACGGGCUCGACACAUACCUCCAUUUUAUUCGUCGUCUGAUUGUUCAUUCCCAAGGCAGACUAGCAUCUUCAGCGCCUCCAUCGGCUUUUGAUACUUCCACUGCAUUGACUUUCCGACUCCUCGUUCAAGAAACUCAAAGACUCGCGCGUGACCCUUUCCUCGCCGACCGUUUUCGUGAGGGCAUAGACAAGGGCGAAGGGGACGCAUUCAGGCACUUUGAUCUCCUGCGAUUCGUUGAUCGGGUUGCUUUACGUCCUUUGGAGAGACUUGUCCUGACCUCGGCCAUCGUCUCUUCGCCCACGAGGAAAGAAUUUGCCGCUCAAGCAAUGACUCUUAUACGACACGACUUUGAAAUUGCAGUACUUGCACUUUGCCAGCACCCCUCGUUCGACCAUGCCGACCUUUCUCCUCAGCAAGUCGCGAAACUCAUGUCAAAUCUUCUUUCCGAGUCCGUUGCUGAGACCCCCAUCUUGGACCCCACGCAGCGUCAAGCGCUUAUUGCUGCUGCGCAGGCAAAGUAUGGGCCCGAAAUUGUCGCUCCUAUCGUGCAACGCAUUUUCCCAACGUUGAGCUUGCCUCCUGGGACUUCCCUGGUUCAGACGCUGAUUCAGUUGGGUCCUGACAUUACAAGUGAUCCGGACACUGUUUGCGCUCUGCUUCAGCGCUUUGGCAUUUCGGACGCUAAUCCUCCUCGAGACGCUCAAUUGGUGGAGAUCAUGUCCAAUUUGGCUCGAUUGGCCGCGGAGGGUACAACUCUAUGUGAUGUCGGAGCUUUGGUGAGGGCGUUGAGCAGCUUCCACACUACUUUGAAUUGGGCGAAUGUUAUUAAGGCAUUCGAUCUACCCGACCGUCAUGGGGUGGAUACUGCUACCUUAAAGCUUCUGAUCGCCAUUCUGCUUAACUGCCCACGCGACGCCGAUCCUCACGCUGUGAUUGGUUUCUGGGGGACAUGGUCCAACUCAUUAUAUCAACUGAAACUUCUUGAUGCGUUGCUCUCGCUACCUGCGGAUACUUUCAAUUUUGUGUCUUUGCCAGGCAGGAGGAUCGUUACAGUGGACGACGUCGCAGUUGCGAGUCCCACAAUCAAGUCCCUAGCAGCCAACGUACAGAGUCACACUUGGAAUUCGUUGGAUGUCUUCGAGGUUCUCGUACGACUCGCGGACUCGGACAUCAACGAAAUUCGCUCAUGUGUCAGGGAUAUGCUCGACAAGGCACUCAAGAUCAGCGCUGAACUCGUGCAAAUGGGCCUACUGCAAGUUCCAGAUGCGAACUGGAACGAGAUUCGCGUGGAAUACUCUCGGAAACUUCUGGCCAUGUUCCUUGCUGGACACCCCAAUCACCAGUUGGUCUUCAUGCGUCUGUGGCAGAUCGAACCGACCUAUCUGACCGAUGCAUUCCGCGACUUCUAUGAGGAAAAUCCUCUCAAUAUCUCGAGGAUCCUGGACGUAGCUCAGGACCUCAAGAUUCUGGAGAGCUUGCUGGAUGUUCGCCCCUUCACAUUUGCCCUGGAUGUCGCCUCGCUAGCAUCGCGCCGAGAGUACCUGAACCUUGACAAGUGGUUGGCCGAUCACGUAUCCCAACACGGAGCCGAGUUCUUACGCGCCAUGGUUGCAUUUUUGGAAGUCAAGAUGGAGAGCGAGAAGGUGGCAAGGAUGUCGGAUCCUGCCGUCGAUAGCCGCACGCUGUCCCUAAAUCCCAACACCAUCACCAUUUUCCUUCGCAUUCUCCGUAAUAAUUCUGCUAAAAUGCCUCGGGAUGACAUUGACUACUGCCUCGAAGUUCGCAACUCCUGUUUGCAGGUUCACCCUCGUCUCAUGAGUCUCAUCCCUGGCAACGAGAUCGAUCCUGGAUUAACAGUCGUCAAUUACUCAGCGGAGAUUGAGAGUGAGGUCGACGCCAUUUACAAGCACAUGUAUGAUGAACAGACAUCUAUCGAUGAAGUCAUCGCCCUUCUCCAACGCAGCAAAAUUUCGUCUGAUACUCGUGACCACGAUAUUUUCUCCUGCAUGCUUCACUUCCUCUUCGACGAAUACAAGUUCUUCCAAUCAUACUACCCCGCUCGCGAGCUUGCCAUGACCGGAUAUCUAUUUGGCUCCAUCAUUCAUCAUGAUCUCGUAGACUCAGUUCCUCUUGGAAUUGCCAUCCGUUACGUUGUCGACGCCCUCAACUGUCCCCCCGACACCAAUCUUUUUAAGUUUGGUCUCCAAGCCCUCUCUCGCUUUGAAUCCCGCCUUGCUGAAUGGCAGCCUCUGUGUCAGGCUCUUCUCAGAAUCCCCCAUCUUAUGGAGGUUCGGCCCGAUCUGGCAGCUGUCAUUCACCGUGCUAUCGCUGUAGGUGGCGACGGAUCACGCAGUAACGCUGAUAUGCGCGGAAUCUCUGCUGGUCUUACGGCUGACCCUGCGCCUGUGUUUACCUCCAUCCACCCCGACAAGUUUGAUGCCGAGAUUGUCGAGCCCCCGGAGGAGAUAUCUGACAAAAUUCUGUUCAUUGUGAACAACCUCGCGCCCAGCAACUUCGACGCCAAGUUAUCGGAGAUGAAGGAGCAAUUUGAUGAUGCCUUUUCAAGGUGGUUCGCUAAUUAUCUGGUAGACCAACGUAUCAGCAGCGAGCCGAACAACCACCAGUUGUAUCUGCGUUUCCUCGAUGCGCUUGACAAACGGAUUUUGUCGAAGUACAUCCUGCAGGAGACUUUUGCCAAAGCAGCGACGGUUUUGAACAGCGAGAAGACGAUGCAAAUCGCCUCGGAGCGUUUGGUCCUAAAGAACAUUGCGUCGUGGCUUGGAACUAUCACGCUUGCUCGUGACAAGCCGAUCCGUCACAAGAACCUGGCCUUCAAGGACCUUCUCCUGGAGGGCUUUGACCAUGGGCGCCUUAUUGUCGCCAUUCCAUUCGUUUGCAAAACUCUUGAGCCUUGCUCUAAAUCCAAGGUCUUCAAGCCGCCCAACCCUUGGCUGAUGGCGGUCAUAACUCUACUUGCCGAAUUCUACCACUACGGUGAAAUCAAGUUGAACUUGAAGUUUGAGAUCGAGAUGCUGUGCAAGGGCCUCGAUAUCGACCUCGCCGCCAUCGAGAUUAUGAAUGUUGUGCGCCACAGGGCCACUGCUGGCGAUACAGGACCUGCCAUUCCCGAAUAUGUCACCGACAUUGACUCCAUGCCGAUGAACGGGUUUGAUCCUACUCAUAUGCAGGGUGAAACCCAGGUCAUGCCGAUUGGCCCUACACCUGCAGCUGAGCCUCAACGUGCUGUUGGGGCACAUAUUGAAUCAAUUCUCUCGAGCUUGGCCACGAGCGUUGUGGUCAGCGCGCAGCUUGCACCUUACAAUGGUAACCACUCCUUCAAGCGUGCAGUGCAACUUGCUGUCGACCGUGCUGUCCGGGAGAUCAUUGUUCCAGUUGUUGAGAGGUCUGUGACGAUCGCUGGCAUCUCGACUCGUGAGCUGGUCGCCAAGGACUUCGCGACGGAGUCUAGUGAGGAGAAGUUACGCAAGGCUGGCCACCUGAUGGCACAGAAGCUUGCCGGGAGUCUCGCACUGGUCACCUGUAAGGAACCUUUGAAGAGCAAUCUCGGAGGUCACUUGCGUUCUUCUCUGGUGGACCAUGGAUUCAACGAUCAAACGAUAUCGGAGCAAGUCCUGGCCAUUCUCGUGCAAGACAAUGUGGACGUUGCCUGUGCAGCGAUUGAAAAAGCUGCUAUGGAGCGAGCAGUGACAGAUGUGGAUGAGGGUUUUGCCGCGUCAUACGAGGCUCGUCGUCGCUACCGCGAGCAUCGCAGCGGGCAGGCAUUUUGGGAUCCUGCAGCUCCGCCCUCAAACUUCUCUGCUAGUCUUCCAGAUCCUCUGCGCAUCAAGCCGACAGGACUGCAACCCCAUCAAGCGGCGGUUUAUGAGGAUUUCGCCUUGGACUCGAAGCGUGGUGCACCAAUGAGUCGGCCAAGUUCGACGGUGUCGUAUUCACGUAAUGAACAUCUGAAUCCAGCUCUUUAUGCUGCUUCGCCCGCCCCAGAGCCAGCUAUCGCAUCCCACUCCUCAAUGUCCCACCAGGAAGCAAUGGAACGCUUUACUACGAUCCUGAGAGACCUGGAGAGCCUGAUCAUUCAGUUGCCCAUCCAAUCACUGGCUGCCCUUCCUCCCAAUCACGAUCUUCGUCACCUUGUUCGGCAGAUCCUGUUUGUCGCAGCGAAUUCCAUCGACCACAACCGCACGCCCCUCCAUAUGUCUCAGAAGAUUGUUCAGCUCCUGUACAAGACAAGUUCUCAGCUUGGCAGAGAGAUUUACGUUGCCUUGUUGGAACAGUUGUGCCGCUCGUUUGAAGAUGUUGCUAAAGAGGCUAUUACAUGGCUGCUCUAUGCGGAGGAUGAGCGCAAACUUAACAUUCCUGUCACUGUGACUCUGCUACGCAGCGGACUUGUCAGCACUUCGCUUCAGGAUCAACAGCUCGCGAAGAAUUUGUUUACUGAUCCUCGCCCCAGUUUGCAAAACUUCGCAGCAGGUCUCAUUCGCGAAUGUCUAUCAAGUGAUCCCCCGGUUGCUUCCCAGAGUCAAUUGACAUUCUCUAUUGACGUUCUUGGACAGUUGUCACACGCUGGCGAUGCCAAUGAAGAGGUGAACCGCCUCCUUGAUGACCUUCGAGUCGUUCGCAGAACCACGACGUUGCCGGCAGAUGGCAUGGUGGUCCGUCAGCCAUCGGUCAAGCCAGAAACCGAGCAGCUCAGGGAAAAGUUGUUCAGCUGGUUCCAGCAAUGGGUUUCCAUCUUCCAGAGGUCUCACUCUCCGGAGAAAGCUUUCGUUCCAUUCAUCUCCCAGCUCACGAAGCAGGGAAUUUUGAAGGUCGAGGACAUUUCUUCAUUCUUCUUCCGCGUGUGUGCGGAGGCAGGUGUGAACAGCUAUAUCAAAUGCAUGGCAAACGGAGAGUUCGACUACGCUUUCCAAGCUCUCGAUGCGAUGUCGCGACUGAUUGUCUAUAUCAUCAAGUAUCAUGGCGACGCUUCCGGGAUCGACAACGACCAGGCGAAGGUUCAUUACCUCACCAAGAUUUUGUCGAUUUUCGUUCUUGUUCUGGCGAACAUGCACGAAGAACAAGGCGUUCUCUUCCAACAGAAGCCAUUCUUCAGAUUCUUCUCCAGUCUCAUCAGCGACCUGCACUCCAUCGCAGAACAUCUAGGCUCGGCUUAUUUCCAAUUGCUGAUCGCCAUCAGCGACACAUUCAGUUCUUUGCAACCCACCUACUUCCCUGGGUUCGCGUUCUCUUGGCUUUGUCUUGUUUCGCACCGACUCUUCAUGCCGAAACUGCUGCUAUCCGAAAACCGCGAGGGUUGGUCCGCGUUCCACAAGCUCCUUCUCUCCCUCUUCAAGUUUCUAGCUCCAUUCUUGAAAGAAGCUGAUCUUCAACUCGCAUCUCGUGACCUGUACCGCGGCUCCCUUCGACUCCUCCUCGUCCUUCUUCAUGAUUUCCCGGAGUUCCUUAGCGAAUACUACUUUAGUCUCUGUGAUGUCAUCCCUCCGCGUUGCAUCCAGCUUCGCAACAUCAUCCUCAGCGCAUUCCCCAUGUCUAUUAUCCUUCCUGACCCUCAUCUACGCAACAUCAAAUUUGACUCAAUUCCUGAAAUGGGACCGAUACCACCCAUUCUAUCAGACUUUGCUUCAGGUCUCAAAAGCGCUGACCUCCGCAACAACCUCGAUCAAUACCUCCUUAAUCGUGGUACCCCUUCAUUCCUUACAAUACUCAAAGACCGCUUGAGGCUGCCCGGCGUGCCAGAGGGUUUGACCGAGUCGUACAACCUGUCACUGAUAAAUUCCCUUGUCAUGUACAUUGGAGUAUCGUCAGUUGCUCAGGCCAAGGCAAGGAGUGGCUCCUCUGUAUUUGUCGCUAGCGACCCUGGCGUCGUUGCUCUACAGUAUCUAGCUGCUAAUUUAGAUGUUGAAGGACAACACCACCUCUUGAGCUCCAUGGUCCUCCAUCUGCGAUAUCCAAACGCCCAUACCCACUGGUUCAGCUCUUUGCUUCUCCACCUCUUUAUGGAGGUGAAGGACGAUCGCUUCCGUGAAGUGAUGACUCGAGUCCUUCUGGAGCGCUUCAUCGUACAUCGUCCUCACCCCUGGGGUGCUCUGGUCACCUUCAUUGAGCUGCUCCGCAAUUUGAAGUACGAGUUCUGGAACAAGGAGUUCAUUCGUGUCGCACCCGAAGUCACCAUGUUGCUUGAGAGCGUCGCGAGGUCCAUCUAUCAGCCAUAGACUCGUUCUGU